CACAGAUCCGUUAGUACUGGAAGCCUACAAAGACGCGGAAGCCUUCCAUUAUGGUUUUGGACUUUAAUUUGAUAGCUUUUUAUUUACGCUCGUUUUUGGUAAAGUAAAAGUUUAUUCUUGUUAUUUUUUCAAACACAAGAGUGAAAGGCACCAGAAUUCAAGAUCAUGAUCACCGAUGAAGGCUCGUCUGAUUCCACCAAGAUACUCGCGUCAUCGCAAUAAUUAUAUGUCGGGUAUUAACGAACCCCCUGGCGUAUUGGGAACGUCCUUCCUAUAAUUGUAAGUCAACGUCGUGACUACACACUCGUCGAAGUUACUUAUACCUAAAGACUUCUCAGUUAAAUUUUUCCAGGCUUCUUGUUUGAGACUCAUACUAGUACUAUCUAUCAUCCUGAAUAGCUUUUUUGAAGCGCCUUCUCUUCUAAUACCUCAAAUGCUUACACGAGUUCUUUUAUCGGGAGAACGAGAAUGGAGGUGAGUCGAAACCUAUAGGGAUGCGUGUGGAUACGGACGGGGACGGAGAUGACGGGGGACAGUGGAAUUGUCAGCCGACAUAUGACAAGAAAGUUAAGACUUUGAUGCCUUAGCUUUUCCCUAUCAUAUGUCUUAAUAGCUUUUCCCUCAUUUCCAACCUAGGUUAGUCCCUCCAAUCAACAUGUGUCUCCUUGAAAGGGGGCCAAUCACUAAAGUAAGGCUGCUCCUGUGUAGUCUUGCCAUUCUUGCAAACGGAGCAACUUUCUCUGAACAUCGACGAGGAGUAAAAUUUAUCUAAAUUUGAUGAAUUUUUUUCCUCUAGUGCGCCGAAAGGACCACGGCUCAGAAGGAAUCUUCUUAUCUUGACACCGCCUUGUGAUCCCCUCCGCAUUGUGAUCCCCUGUUAGUAGUGUCUCUUCAAAGCUUAUCAACCCUCAAAAAUAGACGCUUUUUCUGACUAAAGAGAAUGAUGAGCACUUCGUUCUAGAGGAAAGGCUCUUAGACUCUUCCAACAGCCUAUUUCACUCUUUCACUCUUCCAUGUCUUAGACCUAUUUCACUCUUAGACCCUCUCGCUCUUCCAUCUCUUCAUCUAGUUCCAACCAUCUCUUCUAUGUAUGUAUCUCUUCUUCUAUGUAUAAUCUCUUCUUCUAAUUCUCCCAAGGCUAAAAUAAGCGACGCGCUUGUCUGUCAGAAGGGAUGGGAGUUCGCGACCCUCUUGGAGAGGGUGGAAAUGGCCUGCGCCAUACGGCAGGAAGGCUGGGC